GGGGAGCAGCUAAUCUACGCCAUCACCAUACCUCUGUCGACCUCCAUCAUCCUGGCCAACCUUGUCAUCAUCUUGGGCAUAGCCUGGAACCGACAGCUCCACAACACACCCAACUACUUCUUCCUCAGCCUGCUAGUGGCUGAUAUGUGCACGGGUGUGGCCCUUCCGUUCAUACCACUGAUGGGUAUGAACAGGGAGUUAAGUUUUGGCUCUUGCCUUGUUGCUCACAUCUUCCCAAACUUCCUCUUCCUGGCAUUCCUUCUUAACCUGGUAAUGGUCCACUAUGAGCGCUUUAUUUGCAUUGUUGACCCCCUUCAUUACAAUAACUUGUGGAUGCAUCGCAGUUUUCCGUUAGCAUUGCUUGUGGUGUGGAUGCCACCACUCUUGUACGCAUCGCUGCCUGCUUUUGGAUGGAAUAACUGGACAGGACCAGAUUGGAACAGCUGUAGUCCAAGUAGCCAAAAAUUAGUCCCAGUCUCAAACUGUUCAACAAACGGUACCACCUGCUGCUCAUACAAGCGAGUCUUCCCCAAUGCUUUCAUCUACCUAGAGGUGUACGGACUUGUUUUACCUGCGAUUCUCACCAUUGCUGGUAUGACUGGCCGCGUUUUAUGGAUCACCCGUGGCCAACUGAAGGAUAUUUGCCGUCUCCAUCGAUCAGUGGAGCGGGGAAGUCAGGCCUCAGACCGAGAGCAGAGGCUGAACCUGCGGUACACUCGCUGCCUGGUGGCCGUGUCUCUAACCUUUCUCGCUUGCUGGGUUCCCUACCUCAUUUACAUGCACGUCUGCAUAGCAUUCUUGAUAACUGACACCAAGUGGAGCUCCACCACUCACAUUGUGCUCUCUUGCACCGGUAUCGGAAGCAUGGCUGUGGUGCCGCUGGUGCUCGGCCUUGCCAACAAGCAGUAUACAGAACCUGCAUACAAACUUGUGCAGAAACUCAGAGACAGGUGGAGGAGAAGUAUGCAGGAAUCAGAUGAGGUUGCGGUCUAAGAUGAAUCUGAAGAUAACUCUGCAGGAAAUAAUGCAGCUGGAUGAACUGCAUUUCAGGAUAGAUAG